CUAAAAAUCACAAUGUGACGCUCAUUGAAGUACAUGAUAUUCCUGGUCAAGUGCCAUUUCAUCAGCUGUCACAUUUUCUAAGAAACCAUGCAAUUGACUGUGUCAUUGGUCAUGGAAUUGACAUUGACCAAUCAAUUCAAUUCAAUGAGGCAUAUCCAAAUUACAGACAUUGCAAAUGGAUUCAAGUGUUUUCCUCUGAUUCUCAAGUAGUAAGACUAUUAGAACACUUAGAACACACUGCUCAUAAACACAUUUUUUACAAACAUUGUAAAAUGAUUAUCACAGUUGGACCCAAGAAGGGAGAAGCUUACAGGCAUUACUUGCCUUACUUGCUUUACUUGCAUCGAGUUUAUGAAACGGAAAAUGUUUUUGACCUUACUCCAAGCAUUUUCUCUGAAUUUUUGGAAGUAAAGCAAGCUGCUGAAGAAGGAAAAACAUUCAUUAUUCUUGUUAUUGGAAGUAUUAACUGCAGCUGGAUAUAUUUUGAUAUCCCAGAGUACAGAAUAGCUGCUAAAGCAAUUGCUGAGUUGAAAGAUGAAUCCUACAAACUCACGUUUGUUCACCCAGAUGGAGGUAAAGGAGAUAAUGGAACACAAAAUUUGCUCCUCUAUGGCAUUAGUCAUAAUCAGCUUAUUGUUUGCAGCUCUGAUGAUAGCAGAAAGGUGCUGGCUAACUUAUUCUGUACAGUGGAUCUUGCAAUAAUGCCAUCCAAGGUAAAAUGUUUUGGAAUAACAGCUCUUGCAGCAUUAUCUGCUGGUCUGCCUGUACUUGUCAAUGGUAAUUCAGGACUCGGAGAAGCUCUGAAGGAAGUGCCUUUAGGCUCACACAGUGUAGUAGACUCUGAAGAUCCUAAAGACUGGGCUAAAGAAAUCAAGCGUGUCCGUCAGAAAAAGAGAAAAGUGCGACUUGCAGAGUCAGGAUUUCUACGUGAAAAGUACUUGGAGAGGUAUAGCUGGGAGGAGCCUUGUAAGAGUCUUGAGAUAAAGAUGAGGAACCUUUUCUUUGGUAAAUUUACUUAAAUUUAAAUGUUAUAGCCUUAACUUGGCUAAUAACUGAUAAUCCAGGUAUACUGGUAAAAAGUUGAAUGAGCCUUGAGUCAACUUGGACCUAUGAUUGCCAUAAUUUUUUAUAGACCUGAUUCAAACAAAUAGUUUAAAAUGCUAAAUACUCUGGAAAGGUAAACUUGAUUGUGAUGUAAUAAUCUUACCCACAAGGUUAGGAAGAGUGUUGCAAAGUUUUGAAUUAUGUACUUGGUAAAGUGCAUUUGCAUAGGAAAUACUUUCUGUAACUAUUUCGCUCAAGACAUAAAGCAGGUACUGUUGAAAGUUGAAGAUCUUUGAAAAUCCAGACAAGAUCUUCAAGGAUCUUGACAGGAAAAUAAUAGAUCCUUAAAGAUCUUGGCAAGAAAAUCAAAGAUCCUUGAAGAUCUUGACAAGAACUUUGAAGAUCCUUGAAGAUCUUGGUAAGAAAAUCAAAGAUCCUUAAAGAUCUUGGCAAGAAAAUGAAGGAUCCUUGAAGAUCUUAACAUGAAUUUUGAAGAUCUUCAAAGAUUUUCCAAAGAUCCUCAUGAAGAUCCUCAAGAGGAUCCUCAAAGGUCCUCAAGAAGAUCUUGCAGGAUCCUUAAAGAUCCUUGAAAGAUUUUCACCAGGGUUACUAUAUGAUAACCACAAUAAUUAAUUAUAAAUCAUUAUUACUUAGUUGUUAUUGGUAUUUCUAUUAUAGUUAUUGUUGUUAUUCAUAUCAUUUACAUUAUGAUCAUUGUUUUUGACUAUGGGUGAACAAAGCCAUAACCAGAUAUUAAGCAAAUGGCUGCAACACUGUUACAUUACAUUAAACACUAUUUUGAUUGCAUAUUAUCUAAGAAAUUUUUAGAUUGAUUGACUUGCAUCUGUAAAUGGCACAUGAGUAUUUCUGACAUAGAGCUAGGUUUGAAAUAUUAUAAGCUCCUUGCCUGCUGGGAACAUUGUCAUCCUUCAACUCCAGUUAUGUUAUAUCUGCAUUUGAUCAUGAUAGUUACAGGAUUGCAAAUGAGAUACAGUUGCAGGAGAACUUUUUCAGUUACUUAGAAGGGUUUCACUGGUUGUUUCAGUCUUUUAAUAAAGUUAUGGCUCAGCAGAUGGUUAAUGUUAUGAAAACAUGAUAUCCUCAAGAGUCUUUUUUUCUUUAUUGGAAACAUCUGUCUAGUACCAAAACCUGGGAGAAAACAUAAAACAAAACCUUACUAAUUUUCUAAAUUUGUUUAUUGCAACCCACAGCUUAUGACCACAGUGUAAGACUAAUAAUCAAUCAGUGUUCAUGAUUAUCACUAUUUAUAAAAUAUUCAAGAUCUACUUACAUGCACUCUCAUUAGUCAAUUAGUGUGUUUAGUUGAAUAUUUCAAAUAUCACGUAACUUUGAAUAUCACAUUUUUACCCUAACCUUUUCAUCUCUCUUACUCACAUACUAGCUUCUCGUUCCACUGAAGUGAAGCAAGAGGAAGAAAGUGGCUCAGCUGCCCAAAAACAUAAACUUGAUCCUUUUGGAGAACCUGGAACUUCUGGGGUAUCCAGCACUGGUAAGAGAAGGAAGUUUAAGGGUGACAAAAGGAAAAUUGCAUUUUAAGUUGGUUAAUUAUCCAGUAGCAUGACAUUUCAAGGAUCGAUCAUGUAAAAUUUCUUUGCAGACUUGAAGAACCUUCAAUCUCUCUCCCAAAAUAGUUUUUGUGAUAAAUUGUUACUGAAUUACAAUCAGUUAUACCCCCCUACUAGCUGUCACAAGAUAAAUCAACUCUGAUCAGUUUAAUUCAACAUACCUGAUCAUAUGAGGAAUGUAUGUGUGGGCAUGUAUUUGUAUACCUAUAAAAUUGUGACCAGUCCCCCCAAUAUGGCUCAUCUCAGCACCAAUACGAACAAUCUGGCCCCAAACAUGGUAAUUAAACAUGGGGUGUAAAAACCCCAACUGGCAGGAGGCAGGCUGCAGUUGGCUACAUACAAAGCACUGCAAAGGAAUUGAACUCAAGGAACCAUUUAGCCCUUAAACUCCCAGAAGUGAUUAACAAGUAACUUCUUCCUACAUAGUAUCUAAACAUUAUCUAGCAAACAGGUCAUGAGUAUAUUCAUGCUUAUCAGGUUGAAGUUGUUAUCUCAAUCUGACACCAUAUUAUAGUAACUUAUUCACAAGGAAUUCGAAAUGUGUAGCAGCUAGAGGGGAGAGUUAACAAUCAGAUCUUGGGAGGUGGCAAGGUGGAGGGCUUGUUCACAGGAUUACCAGACUACAAACCCAGUGUCCUUACCACUUGGCCACCGUGCCUCCUUAAUAUGUGAUAGAAAAUCUCUGGCAUGACAGAAAAAAAAGCCCUUGCUCUUUCCCCUCCCCCUCCCCCUUGAAAAAAAUUCACUUGUAAUGGAUGAUUUUGAAAUUGUUACUGAGUCACAGUUCUCAAAGCUGUUAAUCAUAAAUUAAUUAACUCUACUUGUUUUCUAUUCAAGAGGAAAUAGUAACUGGUGAUGACUUACUUUUUUGGUUAAGUUUGGUUAUUGAAUUGUUAAUUGUUAAUUAUUGAGUUAUGCCAUUUGCUAUCAAUUUAAUACAUUUUUAAUUUCUUUUAAUCUACCAAGAUCUUUUUUUACCACAAUUGGCAGUAAUAGCAUAAUCUAAUCAGCUAAUUUGCAGUUGCACCUUGUGAAUCCAAGACAUUUUGACUACAGUGAUGACAAAUGUCAUUUUCAAUUAGAGAGCAGAUCAUGCUAAACCGCUGUCCAUUUGUUAAUUAGAUAAACUUGCUGUACAAUGUACAAUUGAGAAUAAGGAGCUGGGUUUGAAGUGUGAUAAGCUCCAUGCUUAUCUGUAUGCUUGUUUCAUCAAAAACAUUUAGUUUCCAUGGAAGGAGUGAUGUCCCAGUUGGGAGAUGUUAAGAUGGAACCAGAUACUGUGCAACACUUAGAACUGAAGAAAGAUCUAUUACGGGAUGUUGAAGAGAUCAAAAGAUCUGUCAUUUUUAGGUAAGAAUUACUAUAUCUAAUUCAUCAAUUUAUCAGUGGUAAGAUGGCUCACGUUACAAGAGUUAACCAGUUCUUUUGGAGAAUCGAUAUUAGUAAUCAAUGGAUGAUAAAAAGUGAGCUAAUAUCACAGAACGCCCAAUGAACUUCGAACUAAAAAGAUUGAUUGAUGAGGGUGGCAAUGUUUUUACCAUCUAAUAUUGAGAGAUGAUGACUUCUUUCUGAUGGGACUUUAAGCAUUUUUUAACUCUGUAGAGGACUGUGAGCUACCCUUCUCAAAAGAGCCUAAAAGAAGCCCUUACAGACUUAGAAAUUUCUAUCACUGGUUCAUGUGGCUUUUGCACAGGUGUAAAGAUAAAUCCAUGGUUAAAAAAGGAGUGGUGUAAGGAAGCUUAGUUCGUGCACAGACCUUGGUCAGAGUUUCUUUCCUUUUUUUUUUUUUUUUUAAGUAAAAACAAAAGAAAAGCGCCUUGCAAAAUUAGCCCCAGGAUAGAACAUAUAAGUUUGUUCAAAGGUAGCUUUGAGGACAAAUGUCAUCACUCCUUAACAUUUUUUGGUUAUAUUUUAAUGUUCCAAAGCAUAACUGUUAUUACCAACCUUAUUUUCAGGGGUGAAGUUACAGAAAAAGGUAAUGUAUGGAAACUACCGGAAGCAGCCGCCUAUGUCACAUUUCAUGAAGGGGCUGUGCCAAAACCUUUGUUAUUUACUUGUUCAGUAUGGCCUCCUAAACUUCGCAGUCCACCCAUUUCUAGUGAUGAGCUUUUGGUAAGCAAUGUGAUUGAAGUGUCACACGAUGGUCCACCAGACCUAGAGUUAAGUGGAGAUGACGAAGGAAACGUAACUGUGGCUUUGUUGCACAGUGCAAGUGAUUUGAAGGGCUAUGAAGUGGUUAUCAAGCAAUUGGUGGAUCUACAUGACAACGUAUGGAAGGAUUUGGAGACUUGGCAUGCAUCAGGUGCAGGUUAUAUGUCAUUCAUGAUGAUUGUUAGUGAGCCUUUGGAUAGUGUUGCAAACCAAAGUACAAACUGUAAUCAUGACGGCCAAUCAGAAGAAAGGAAAUACUGAGAACUCAAAGUAAAAACCGAGCAAAAUGCCUAAAGCGUGGGAAAACACGGGUGAUCAGGCCUUGAUUUGUUUUAUUUUUGCUUGUGAUUGAUUGAAAGAGUGGCCUGAGUUUUCUGGACCAAUCAAAGAGCAAAGGAAAGCAAAAACAAAUCAAUCACGGGUUACUUUCGGCACUCAAUUGAAAUUUGCUCCUUAUGAUUAUCGAUUGUGAGGUCUGAAAACCUGGGUCAGGGUAUAUAGUCCAGAAAAGAACUGAUUACGUUGAAAGUUUGUAGCAUUUCGUUGACCUUGAGCAGAAGUCAGUCCAGUGUGGAGUUGUUUGUUACUUUUAUGUCUGAUCGAGAUUUCUGGGUUCAGUGAAGGUUGACUCAUCUACUAGUUUGUUGGUAUCCUUCGUCCUUUUUUGAAUUGUUUUGUUUUGCUUUCUGAGACUUACAGCCAAUGACACCGCGGCAAAACUGACCGAUCAGUUUUCGCAAAUCAGACUCAUAUGUUCUACUGACAAACAACGUUUCGCGUGAAAUUGAUGAUGGCUUCCUCAAAGGUUGCUGAAACAUCAGUCAUUUACCACCUACAACAGUCCUUUAGCCAGAAAAUUAGACUUCACAAUCAUUUUUUCCUCCUUAGUCUAUCCUUUUUCAGCAUCAUAGAAGGGCUUAUACUAUUUUGCGAAACGAAACGAAACGAAACGAAACGAAACGAAACGAAACGAAACGAAACGAAACGAAAUCGGGUCAGAUGAAAUAAAACAAAAGGAAUAAUGCAGAUAUAUUUUCAAAUAAGGUAAAGAUAACUUUCACAAGGAUUUUGGAGUAAUCGUUCAUUAAUAAGAAGGAUUUUUAUUCAUUUCGCAAAAUAGUAAUUUUAGGAGAGUUACUAUUUUGCGAAAUGGACUAUUUUCACUCUGCGGUGACAACGUGACCUCUUUCAUGUCGCGAAAAUACAUUUAAACAUUACAAAUUAGUAUAUAACCGAACAUUUUGGCCUCCUCUUAUUUCUUAAACCGUAUUAAAAUAUAUUUCGCAAAAUAGUAAUUUUAGGAGAGUUACUAUUUUGCGAAAUGGACCAUUUUCACCCCUGCGGUGACAACGUGACCUCUUUCAUGUCACCAAAAUACAUUUAAACAUUACAAAUUAGUAUAUCACCGAACAUUUUGGCCUCCUCUUAUUUCUUAAACCGUAUAAAAAUGUAUUUCGCAAAAUAGUAAUUUUAGGAGAGUUAAUAUUUUGCGAAAUGGACAAUUUUCACCCUGCGGUAACAACGUGACCUCUUUCAUGUCAUAAAAAUUCAUUUAAACAUUACAAAUUAGUAUAUCACCGAACAUUUUGGCCUCCUGUUAUUUCUUAAACCGUAUUAAAAUGUAUUUCGCAAAAUAGUAAUUUUAGGAGAGUUACUAUUUUGCGAAAUGGACAAUUUUCACCCUGCGGUGACAACGUGACCUCUUUCACGUCACGAAAAUACAUCUAAACAUUACAAAUUAGUAUAUCACCGAACAUUUUGGCCUUCUCUCAUUUCUUAAACCGUAUUAAAAUAUAUUUCGCAAAAUAGUAAUUUUAGGAGAGUUACUAUUUUGCGAAAUGGACUAUUUCACCCCUGCGGUGACAACGUGACCUCUUUCAUGUCACAAAAAUACAUUUAAACAUUACAAAUUAGUAUAUCACCGAACAUCUUGGCAUGUUGCACCAACAUGACAGUUUUCCAGUGGCGUCUAAACAUGUUUAGACUCUCCGUCUCGUAUAGAGAACAGAAGCAUAUCCAUGCCGAAAUAGUCGUCCAGCAGUUUUAUAAUCGCAAGUAAUACAGUUCCUUUGCUUCAAAAUUUUUAAUAAAAAUAAUAUACAUGGAAAAGUUACGCGUACGCGCUUCUGAUUACACCCCCCGUCGCACACCUCUUCCUUACGAGCAAGAGAUCGUGUUUCGCAUUUGCGCAAGUUCCACGUGCUGCAAGAAGUUUGCUUUGUGCUCGCUUUGUGUGCUGUUAAAUCAGGCAAGAUUAUGGCUUUUAAAUUUCCUGUUCUUAAGCCCAAGACCAUCGACUGUUCAGGUCUUCCAGUUCAUGAUUUCAAGUGUUUGACAAACAAGGAAAUCAUUGGUAAGGGCGCUUAUGGUGCUGUGUUCACUGCUAACUGGCAGACUGUUCCUGAUGCGGGUGGGAAGUCAGCCGCUGCGGAGAAAGUGGUCGUUAAGAAAUUGCUCGGCGAGGACAUAUUGGAUAAGAAAACGUUUGUAAAGGAAGCAAGAAUCAUUCAAGAGUUGAAACAUCCAAACAUUGUGAAGUUCAAGGGAAUCUGCAACAAUCCCUUCGCCCUUAUUCUCGAGUAUGUGUAUUUCGAUUUCCAACCAUUCGGUAUCGAGUCAAAAGUUAGCUCCCUUGCAGAAUUUCUUGGUGUUCUUGAGGGCUCCGAUUGCGACGGUUUCGUCACCCCUCAAGUCAUCUCCACCAUUUGCAAGGAUGUAGCAUUGGGUCUUAAAUAUCUGCACGACAAAGAUGUCGCCCAUCGGGAUUUAAAGCCGGCUAACAUCUUGGUCACCAAUCAACACUACUGUGAUCUGACUACAAGUGCUCAGAGAGAAGGCUGGGAACAGCGCCCUCUGCUAUGUAAGCUAACUGAUUUCGGUGAAAGCCGCUCCACUAAGAUACAAACUAAUUCCAUCCUGCAGUCCCAAACUGCUCGAGUUAAUCGAGGAACACCGGUAUAUAUGGCCCCAGAAAUGCUGAUUGAAGCGAUUCGUUUACCGCUUGCAUCAGGAGAAGAUCUUAAGAGAGCCGACAUUUGGUCUUUAGGCAUGGCCCUGUUUGUAUUACUGAACCCUUGUGUCAAGUAUCCCUACUUUGAUGAAAUACAAGCAGCCCUAAGAGAGGGAAAAACACCUCUGCAAGCACUGGAGCAUUUCUUCAUAACGAGAAAAUUGCCAACGGAGCCAUGCAAAUAUCAACACAAGCAUGCUACUGACUGGUAUUCGGUCAACAAGAUUUGGCUUAAGUGUGCUCAAUUUGACCCUGAUAAACGGCCAAAGGUUGAAGAAGUGGUUUCCAUGAUCAGCCAGGGAUCUACCAUGUCUACUCUUAAUAUCCCCUUGAAGGUUAGUCAUUUGUAUUUUUUAAAGGGUAAUAUUUUUUAAUCUUGUCAAGAACGAGGAAAAUGUUCGUGAAAGGGUCAUUAAUGUAACCCAGCCAGUAAUCGAGCUUUGCAAAUUUCCUGAAGAGUGCGAAGUGUUCCGUGUAGAGAGUAAUUUUACAAAACUGCAGUUUAUCAAAAUAUACCAUUUUAACUUUCUGCAAACAACCUUGUUCUUUUCUCUCACAUGAUGAUUUGGCAUGGAAAUACGUUUCACAAAGAUAUUUUAAAAACCAUUUUUUAAACGACAAUUGUAGACACAAAAAAAUUAAAAACCACAUUAUCUUACUGGCAAAAAGGAAUUUGGAGAAGUAUUUGUUGGGAAAGUGGAAUAUUUCCAAUGCGUGGUGACAGUCUUGUCGUCCUUGUCUCCUAAAAAAGCCCUCGAACAUCAGAUAAAACAAGCUAAAAUAAACUUAUAAUGUUAAAAAUAAUUACAGUAAAGAUUAUUCAUCUUUGUGUGAAAGUCAAACUUUAUUCCUCAUAGGUCAGUCAAGCCUCAUGCCUAGAACAGUACGACAGAAGGGUUGCACAGAUUGUAUCCAGAGGUGACAAGGUACCUGAAGAAUUUCCGGAUAAUGAUGGAACUAAUGCCUGUGCCUUUCUAUGUGUAAAAAUUGCUCAUGAAAUACGUAAGUUCCGAGAAGAAGCAAUUGGGGGUAGUAAGAAGCUGUGGCAAAAUAUUUGCGAAGUGGCAGAAAAUGUCAUCACAGAGUUCCCCCGAGUGGUAAAUCCAUACAGGAAUUGUGAGGAACUCUACGAUGUUCUGUCGGCGUACCAACUGAUACGGAGUGUUGGUGCUGAAGUUGGCAAGUACGAUUUUUCCGAAGAAAUCUUGGAGAGCGACUUCGUAUUCUCCCAAAAAGGGCAGACUAACCUUGUCCAUGCCUUAUCUUCCAUGUUAUCGAAAAAAGAUUUUUGCGUUGCCAUCUACACCUGUGAGCCAUUAGUCUUCAUAAUUGGCCUUGCAAGCGACUGCUUCUUUAUUGUAGAUACCCAUCCUGUUCCCGCCGAAGUUGGUGGUAAAGGCACCGGCCUUCUCAAAGUAUUUUCAGAGGUAAAAGAAGAGGAAACGGCAUGCGAAGGAGUCUGUCGCUGGAUAUGGCAGCGCCUGGUUUCUAGUGGUGUAAAAAAUUAUAUGUUGCAGUCGCUCUCUAUAAUGAGCGAAAAUGAAAGGUACCAGUCCUAUUUCUUAUGAUUAUUACAAUAUUAUCCUUUACUGUUAUUACACCGACGAAAGUGUAGCAGAGGAAAUAGAUGAAUAUCGCUUGAUGUCCAAGUAACUUUACUUUCGAACACGGUAUCCCCUGGACCUGAGAAAGCAAAUUUACCAUCUAUAUAUUUGAAAUUAACUCUGAACAGGUUGUCCAACAGAUGAUAUUGCGGGGUUUCGUUUUUAAAAUAAUUUUUCUUUCAUUUCAGUGUUUCGCCAUCUUCGACUAGUAAAGAGCUGGGAUUAAUAGAGAGAAAUGGUAUGCAAUCUUAUCGUUUAGGCACAGAUGUAAUAAUAGCUUGCUUAAUUACCACCAACUUAAAGCCGAAUUUCAGGUAUUCAUACACUGAGCGAGAAUUGUAGUGAAUACAGUUUGACUGAAAGCACGGUUUGUAUUUACCUUAAAGCGUCACUUACAAAACCGUGGUCGAUUUUCGUCGUUUAAGAUUAGCACUUUCCUGUACAAACCAUUAAGUUAAAUACAUUUCCCUGAUGCAACUGUACUCAUUCAUGUCUGAACAGAAAGCUUAUUUGGUUUUACAUUUCAACGAACGCCAGUUACCCUACUACGGUAAAAUUACGUACUUUUUUAAGGAAGUUACUGACUGUCUAUUGUGGGGUUUGUCAGAAUUUGAAAUACAUGAGAAUUAAACUGCAUAAAUGCAAUGUUGCCUUACUUGAUACUGUGAAAUUCACAGAUGAUUGCUCACCGAUUGGCAACAGCGGUGCCGAAGAAAGUGUAGGGAGGGCAGAGCUAUCUGUUCCAAUGAUUGUGCUCAGCAGUAGUGAUGGCUCCGACGUAGUCCAUACCUCAGAAAGCUAUAUACAUAUUGGCAAAGGCCUGGUAGAAAACGAACCUGUGAAAAGUUCUGUGAGCAUCAGUUUGGCGUCCAUGAGGAGAGAUGAGCCCGUGAAUGAACUGGAUAUUACGGGUUCCACAGAUGGCGCUAUUUACAAAAACUUCAGCAGUUUAUAGAGUCUCAAACACGCAGAGCCAAAACGAAUGCAUUCUCCAAGACCAAAGUUAACCUAAGUGCAGCCCGCGAGCUGGAAGAGGAAAUGGAAGACGAUAGCGGAAUCCCUUCAUGUUCCAAACGACCCUCGAAAAGGUCCACGUAAGUGCCAAAAAAAACUAAGCGGGACUUCUGUUUUUCGGUUAUUAACCUUUGUAUUCUCCAUUAGUAUCUUAAGAAAACAGGAACACUCAGUUUUUGCUUUUCCGAAUAGAAUUUACACGUCACAUAAGAAGAGAAUUGUUACAAGCUAAUGAUAGAGGACCCACCGAAUUAAUUUAUUUGUUUCUUUUAUAUGGAAACGAUUAGGUCAACUGAAGUCGAAAUAGCAUCGCCGUUACACCAAAAAAAAAGACGGCGGCGGUCUCACGUAUCUUCUUCGAGCAGCCUUAACGUGUCUGAAGAAGAUGCGCCCGAAGUUGGCUCCGACAAUGAUAACUACGAUCCCUACAGCAAUGAAGACGACUCCGAGAAAGCUCAGGAAGGUAAAGAAAGAUUAGAAAAGAGAAAGGAAACAAAACAAACAAACAAAAUUGAAAAGGAAGGGCAAGAGACCACAGUUGAAAUGAUGAAUUUUGAGAAGUUGGAAAAAGGUUUUUAGAAACCACAAGUUUAGUUUUCUCUCAACUGCCCAGAGCCUUUGUGGUUGAUUCAAUCGAUCAGAAUUGAGAUUUUAGAAGAAACAGACGGUUUUGAAACACCUUGCGUGUUUCACUUUAAGAAGGAGUUUUGUAUAAAUGCUUUAUAAUUGGUAGGCGUUCAUUUAAGGUAUUUUGAAAUAUAUUUUCGUACGAAGCAUACUAUAUUUCCCCAUAAUGAUAGAUAAAAUGGCUGCAAAUAGUAUCAAGAGUUUUUGCUUAUUAUCUGUGUUUCGUUUGUCUUUUUAGGCCUAAAAAUCAAUGGGCAACCUGUUUUUAAAGUUUCUCAGAAGGGUCUUUCAACAAAAGAAGUUAUAGAUAUCUGCAUCGCAGGUAAUUUUGACACUAAGAAAGUCUGCCGCAAGGUGGCACACGGAGUUACCGAGUCGGCCAUUUUUAUUGUCGAUCUAAACAUCGUUAAUGAAGGAGAUUUGACGACGGAUGGUAACGGAGUAUACGCGUGUCACUCUUGUCCCACCGAAGUUGUCAGGGUAGAUUUUUCCAGUGAAUCUCGUAUCAAAAGAGUCAGCAAACCUAAAAAAGGAAAAAAAAUCCUGAAGGAAGCCACAUUUUUCUGUCAAGCGUCAUUACUGCUGGCAUGCGUCUUAAGAUGAGUUUUGCCGUAUUAUAACUAAGGUACAUGACCACCGCAAAGGGGAGCUUGGACGAUAUGUUGUAAUGCAGUAUAAAGUUACAGAGGGAGGAGAAAAGAUAUUUUCUAGAAAGGCCCAUGGAAACGUGAAACAUCACAAAGAGGCUUUUUUCGAACAAAACCAAGCGUCCUUACGAGGAUAAAACAGUAUGCCGAAGAGAAUCCUGCAAAGCACGUAAUCACGAAAGUACAGCAAGAUGCAGGUGGUGUUUCUAAUGUCAAAUCUGUGUCCGACAUCCCACGUAACAGAAAACAAGUAUACAACCAGGCCAGCAAAAUAGAAAAUCGCAUUCGUUCUCGGAGUACAGGACCACAAAAAGCAGCCGAUUUUACCAAAUUAGUUACUCAACUGCAAACUUCUGACUUUGUAAAAGAUGUUUCAUUUGGUCUUCGCCACGGAAAAGAUACCUCCCCAAACACAUUCGCAGCGAAAGAUUUGCAUAUUGAAUGGUUAAAAAGUUUUUGUUCAGGAACCAGUCCCAAAUCUCAGUGCGGUAUCGAUAUGACUUACAACUGUGGACUUUUCUAUUUGACAACUUUAACUUUCCCACAUCCAAUGUUUGUUCAUAGAAAUGCACGCGAUAAACACCCAACUACUUUGGCAGGCAUCAUGACAAGCACGAGUAGGGAAAUGGAGGACUACGAGUACCUAGCAGCAAAUUUAAAGAGGAAGGGCAUCUGUAAUCUAACCUAUGGAACUGAUGGAGAAACUCCUUUGGAAACAGGCUUCGAGAAGGUAUUUCCAAUUCAUGGAACUUCUUCAAGUGACACAAAUAUCCAUCUCCGAUGUUUUGACCAUGUUAAAACAAACAUAUUAAAGAAGUUAACAGAAUUGAAGGUACCGUCACCAAAGCAAACGGAAAUAGCUCGCGAGCUUCUAGGCUCUGAGCAUGAUGGGAGAAGGAUUAUAGGUCUUGUAGAUUGUACCUCUGAAGAGCAGUUUGAUAAGGAGCUGAAGGUUACUGAGGGCCAAUGGCCAGAGGCAUUUACCAAAUGGCUUCACUCAAGUGAAGGUCGUCUUCGACCUUUAUCUGAGAGUAUGAAGAAAUGCAUGUUACGACCUGUUCGUGUUGCUGCUGGCCUUGGAAACCCGCCAAACAAGUGGCAAAACCAGAGAACCGAGGCAUACAACAAUGUCAUAAAAGAGGAGAUUUCCAGACAGAAAACUGAUCAGGUGACGAUACACGAUCUCAUUGAGAAACGCGUAGUGCAGCCUCAUUUAGACGAGCUGGUUAAAGCCAUCUAUCAGAUGGGAGAAUAUCGUCUGUCCGCAGACUAUAAUCACCUUGAGGUGGAUCCAUUACAGUGGACACAAAUGACAUCCCAGCAACGCGACGCAAAAAUAAAAAAAGUCUUUGGUUGUAUCCUUCCCAGCAGAAGGAGGGAUGAGGCCAUCACUAGAAAAUUGUCCAUAGGCCUUGUCGAGUGCCAGCUCUCAUUACAAUUUCCUUCUUAUGAGCUUAAAGAUAUAUGGAGGAGGGCGGAAAUCAUACUGUCGCAUUAUAAGAUCAUAGAACUUGCAAAUACAAACUUCUGCGUCACUGAGUUUGAUACCAGUUACACAGUAAAAACAAAGAAAGAGAAGAUAUCGUGCGACAAGACCUGCAAAUCUUUCCGUGAUAGUGGUGGUUUGUGCCCUCACGUCCUUGUUGUCGCUGAGAAGAUUGGUAAGCUGCGAAGUUUCAUCACCACUUACAAGAAAGCUUCUAACAAAAUGGGAAAAAUCAUCAGCGCAAACCUCUCUAAACAGCUUGGGGGAAAGCCGAAUCAACGAGUAAAACAAAGAAGAGGGAAAAAUAACGUAAGCCAGGUGCCAGUCGUGUCAGAAGAAGACCCUUAUGACGUUAUGGUGCCAAAGCCCACGAGAUACAUCGAGUAUUACCAGAAUGACGAGCCCUUUUAUGUGGUGUUUACUCAUGACUACUCGAAUGCAAGAACAUGCACCGGUUGCACAAAUGAGUUCCCCAAGAGAGUACAGAUAGCGCCCUACGACAUUGUUCUACUUCACGAGGAGCGUUAUCGCUACCCUAAAAAAGACGAUAACGGCAAUGUUGAAAUGGUCGUAACGCAUAAAAAAAAGGCAAAGAGGUUUUAUUGCAUUGAUAAGAGCUGUAUCCUUCCAAGGCACCCGUAUUUCUGGAGAGGCUUGAUAACUGUCACCAACAGUGUAAAGCAGCGUUUGAAAGACGGUCACAAGGAUUUGCUUCUUGCAAUGUUGAAGUUUGAAAUAGGCGAAAAUUACACAAAGACCUAAUUCAACAAAUUAAUAGUAUUUCAAUUCUUGUUUCUACAUUAGUCUAUUCAGUCGUUACAGUAGAACUCAGCCAGCUCAAAUUUCCUAAGGAGACAAAAAAUUGUUCGAGUUAGCUGAUAGUAAAUGACUGAAAAAUUGGGCCAAGGGAAAUUGGAUCUCAUUCGAGUUACCGGGGGGUUCGAGUUAGGGGGGUUCUACUGUAUUUCAAUCGCAUUUAAAACUUUCUCAGGUUUUGGGUUUCCAGUAAAUUUGCAAUUUUUAAAGCAUAUGUAAAUCUUUUAAGUAAUCAAAUAUGUACUGUUGACAAUAGAAUGGCAAUAUUUUUUUCAUCAUGGCGUAAAAAUAAUUCAUUUCGUAGAGUAGCAAUUCUUCCAAAAUUACUACUUAAAGAAAUAUAUUUUUAUACGGUUUAGGAAAUAAAGAGGUGACCAAGAUCGGGAGUGCACCAUAACGUAAUGUUUAAAAGUAAAUUUUUGACCCAAAAAGAAAGACAUUUUUGUCAUUGAAGGAUAAAAAUAUUUCGUUUCGCAAAAUGGUAUGCCUGCCAAAAACUACUAUUUUGCAAAAUGUAUUUAAAUACGGUUUAUGAAAUAAGAAGAGGACAAAAUCUUACUGCAUCAACCAAAUACAUAUUGUGUGACACGAGAAUGGCAACAUCGUUGCCGCCCGCCGAGAGUAAAUAAUCCAUUUCGCAAAAUAAACAUUUUUCGGAAUUACUACAUUCAAUUAGUUUAGAAAUUACUACAUUAAAGAGGAGGUGACCGAGAUCUUUGAGAAUAUACUAUAAUGUAAUGUUUAAAUGUAUUUUCGUGACGUGAAAGAGGUCACGUUGUCACCGCAGGGGUGAAAAUAGUCCAUUUCGCAAAAUAGUAACUCUCCUAAAAUUACUAUUUUGCGAAAUACAUUUUAAUACGGUUUAAGAAAUAACAGGAGGCCAAAAUGUACGGUGAUAUACUAAUUUGUAAUGUUUAAAUGAAUUUUUAUGACAUGAAAGAGGUCACGUUGUUACCGCAGGGUGAAAAUUGUCCAUUUCGCAAAAUAGUAACUCUCCUAAAAUUACUAUUUUGCGAAAUACAUUUUAAUACGGUUUAAGAAAUAAGAGGAGGCCAAAAUGUUCGGUGAUAUACUAAUUUGUAAUGUUUAAAUGUAUUUUUGUGACAUGAAAGAGGUCACGUUGUCAUCGCAGGGGGUGAAAAUGGUCCAUUUCGCAAAAUAGUAACUCUCCUAAAAUUACUAUUUUGCGAAAUAUAUUUUAAUACGGUUUAAGAAAUAAGAGGAGGCCAAAAUGUUCGGUUAUAUACUAAUUUGUAAUGUUUAAAUGUAUUUUCGCGACAUGAAAGAGGUCACGUUGUCACCGCAGAGUGAAAAUGGUCCAUUUCGCAAAAUAGUAACUCUCCUAAAAUUACUAUUUUGCGAAAUACAUUUUAAUACGGUUUAGGAAAUAAGAGGAGGCCAAAAUGUACGGUGAUAUACUAAUCUGUAAUGUUUAAAUGUAUUUUUGUGACAUGAAAGAGGUCACGUUGUCACCGCAGGGGUGAAAAUAGUCCAUUUCGCAAAAUAGUAACUCUCCUAAAAUUACUAUUUUGCGAAAUACAUUUUAAUACGGUUUAAGAAAUAACAGGAGGCCAAAAUGUACGGUGAUAUACUAAUUUGUAAUGUUUAAAUGAAUUUUUUUUGACAUGAAAGAAGUCACGUUGUUACCGCAGGGUGAAAAUUGUCCAUUUCGCAAAAUAGUAACUCUCCUAAAAUUACUAUUUUGCGAAAUACAUUUUAAUACGGUUUAAGAAAUAACAGGAGGCCAAAAUGUUCGGUGAUAUACUAAUUUGUAAUGUUUAAAUGUAUUUUUGUGACAUGAAAGAGGUCACGUUGUCAUCGCAGGGGUGAAAAUGGUCCAUUUCGCAAAAUAGUAACUCUCCUAAAAUUACUAUUUUGCGAAAUAUAUUUUAAUACGGUUUAAGAAAUAAGAGGAGGCCAAAAUGUUCGGUUAUAUACUAAUUUGUAAUGUUUAAAUGUAUUUUUGUGACAUGAAAGAGGUCACGUUGUCAUCGCAGGGGUGAAAAUGGUCCAUUUCGCAAAAUAGUAACUCUCCUAAAAUUACUAUUUUGCGAAAUAUAUUUUAAUACGGUUUAAGAAAUAAGAGGAGGCCAAAAUGUUCGGUUAUAUACUAAUUUGUAAUGUUUAAAUGUAUUUUCGCGACAUGAAAGAGGUCACGUUGUCACCGCAGAGUGAAAAUAGUCCAUUUCGCAAAAUAGUAACUCUCCUAAAAUUACUAUUUUGCGAAAUGAAUAAAAAUCCUUCUUAUUAAUGAACGAUUACUCCAAAAUCCUUGUGAAAGUUAUCUUUACCUUAUUUGAAAAUAUAUCUGCAUUAUUCCUUUUGUUUUAUUUCAUCUGACCCGAUUUCGUUUCGUUUCGUUUCGUUUCGUUUCGUUUCGUUUCGUUUCGUUUCGUUUCGUUUCGCAAAAUAGUAUAAGCCUCAUAGAAGUGAUGCUGCUUUCAUUUUUUUGGCACCUAUUAACCCUUUGACCCCUGACCCCUGAGAGUGAUUAGCAUUUAAUUUCUCCUUACGAUAUCACCCCUGAAUCAAACAUAAUAAAGGAUAUGAUCACCAGCUUAAGAAGCUCUUGAUUGUUCAACAAAUUCUCCUUUUCAGCACCUUAGAAAAUGUAUAGAGAACAGUACGGAGAAUAUGCAUACUGAUGUUAAGGUGUAAAGGGUUAAGAAAACAGCUCAAAAUCUUAAACUAAAAUUUAACAUUUAUUUGUAGAAAAACCAGAAGUUUCUGACUGGCCUCAGCUUGUUGAAGCUACAUGCACCCCUUCACGAUUUUCUUCCUUUGCUGUCGUUUGGCGCCUUAAGUCCUUCACAUUCACAAGUGGUACUUUAGUGGUUCCUCAAUUGACGUGUGUAGUACCUGACUUUCCAGACAUACGUGUUGAAGUUCCUCUCGGUUCUGUACCGGUUGAUCAGGAUUUUACUUUGACAAUUAAGGUACAGGAAAACCCCGUUAACUUGUUUGAUUAACUCGAAACCUCCCCCGCUAACUCCUGGAAUUGACCUUGUUUUUCCAGUCAUUUACUAUUAGCUGGCUCAAACUUGGUUUACUAAAACUGCCCGUUAACUCAAACUAAGUUUACUUUCCCUUGGCUCAAAUUCACGCUAAAAAGUCGAACUUAAAGUAAAAAUGUUGGUCCCAAGAUUUUCAAAAUCAGAAUUAGAUUUUUUCUUUUGUCCUAAUUCAGAGGCAAAUUACUUUAGGACGUGUGUGCAUGUGCUUGUUAAUACAUUAUCUCUGUUACUUUUACUCCUCAAAACAUGCGUCCACAGAAGUAACUUUUUAAAGGAUGAUCUUUCUUUACUCAGGGACAAUCUGAAAAUUUAUGGCCUAUCCUGAUCUAAGAAAGAAUAGUGUUUUAUGUGUAUGUAAUUCACCAAAGUCAACACCCAUUCUGAUUUUUCAUCUAAGGUACAAGAAUUUCCAAGCAAUGAGGUUGAAGACAUUGGGAUACUGUGUGGUCCUGUCAUUCACAUUUCAAGCUCUCAGAACAUUGAACAUAUGGAGCCUGUGACUAUCAAGGUUCCCCUCGCCCUUCGUGAAAGUGAGCAUGACUUAUCAGAGCUUUCAAAUGAGGUCAUAAGGAUAUCAUACCUCGAUUCAGAGGGCAAACAAUGGAGAGAUAUCACAGGUCAACUAGAGGGGCCAGUUACAGUUAAAGAUGGAAUUGUAGAAUUCAAAGUGAAGCAUUUUUGUUGGUGAGUUAUGCAAGGUCUUAAGUUUAGUUUCAUGGGAAGAGAUUUCUUAUUUAUUUUUUCUUUCCAUUAAUGGGAUGUUUGUCAUGUGGGCCUAGUUUUCAGCCCCUAGUUACAUGACACUCUGGUUGGCGGCACUCCUAGUGUUUUUUCUCCAGAGCAUGCCUUUAAUUUGUUUCUGACAGGGUAAGUUGGUGGUGAGCCACACUGCCGCGCGGGAGGUGGAGGGCUCUAACGGAGGAACAGACUAACAUUAAGCGUAUUGAGAAAAAUUGAGAAGCGUAUGGUACCUUUUAGAUGUCAUCGGGAAAUAAUUAGACUAGUCAGUCUUCUUGAAUAAAGACUAUUAACCAGGGUUUCUAAUAAAAAAAAUCCCAUGAACGGUAGUCUACUGCCACCCUAAAGACCAUUUACCACCGUCUGUUGAACCUGCAAGCAGGCUCUCUUGAGAUGGACGUGUCUCAGAGUGAAACAGCCUUCCAGGUUUUCAAACACUAAGGAUCAUUUUUGAGUAAGAUGUUGCAGUGUAUUCAUGUUUUUACUUUUUGUUUUGCAGUUUCUGUCCAGUCUGCAUGUUCACUGAGUCUGUUGCUCUUUUACAAGAUUUUUUUCAUCGUCUUUCCUUCAGACUCAUGCCUCAAUGUGUACAUUUUCUCACUUGUUUAUGUAAGACAACAGUUUCUGAUACUUACAGCCUUUCACUGUACUGUUAUCCAAACUUUAAAAAAGCUGAGGUGGAAAAGAAAUUGUCAAGAUAUGUCACACCUUACCAAGGUGAAGGAAAGUCAAAGGAGCCUGCUUGUGUUGGGGAUAGAAUUGUGGUUUCCUUAAUAGCACUUGAUUUUGUGAGGGAGUCUCAAAGGAAUCAAAAGUUAGUUCUCAGGUAAGUUAUUGAUUUCCUUUGAAAAGUUUUUCAUGAUACAGCAUAGUACAGCUAAGAGUCUUGACUUACCAAAUUACCUCUUGACACUCUUACUCCAAAGAUCUAACUAUUUAUUCUCCCCUCUAGCCGCAACAGAUUUCCUUGUAAAUUAAUAAUAAGAAUUUAGUGUUUGACGAAGAUUACAACUUCUACCCAAUAAGUUUAAAUAUUCUCAUCACCUGAUUGCUGGAUAAUAUGUGGAUAUUACGGGGAGAGGUGACAUGUUAAUCACUUCUGGGAGUAAAGGGGUUUAAAGGCAACAAAAACAAAACCUUGCAGGUUUUGUACAUUUUUAUGAAUCGCUUCCGUAGGUCACUGACACUUAUAAUAUUUUUAUUGUUUAUUUAUUAAAUUAUCUUGUUAGAAAGUUAGGUAUAUAUUUAAACUUUGAAUAAUGCAUAAUAACUUCUUUAUUAAUUAGUAUUUGUACAGGUCACAUCUCGGUAGCAGGGUUAAAAGUUCCACAUUCAUCGGGUUGAAUAUGAGUUGGGGUGAGGGUUGGUUGGCGGCCAGUAUGAAGUGGAGAAGUAGAGAUAAAAUGAAACCCACACAAUCUAGCUAGAAACAAUUAUUUGGUUUCCAUUUUUCAGGUUUCUUGGAAAUGAUAUAUCUGACAACAGUGAUAUGGCUUUGAUUGUUCGCUUGGACAGUGAAGGUGUUCCAAUAGUGAAGUUCUCGAAAGACGAAGAACUGCAAAAAGUUCUCUGUGAAGUGCCAAUCUUAAAGACUCGACAAGCAUCUGUGGUACAGAUAGCAUCGUUUAGUAAAUGUUCCUUUAAGGGAAAUAUUCAACUGAGUGUUGAAAGUAAACCGAGAUUUUAUUAGCUUUACUUUACUUGGCUCUUUGAUUAGUCCAGGAAACUGGCACCUCUCUCUCAAACAAUCAGAUGUAAAACAACUCAGUUACUCACGUUUCCCCGCGCUUUAGGUUGUUUGGUUGGGUUUUACUUUGACCUCUCAUUGGCUCUCAAAGGCAUUUUCCUUUCUUUCAAAUGCCCGUUGUGAUAACUUUGUUUUUUGGUCUUAGGAUAAUUAACUUUACAACACUCCAAUUUACCAGUAAUUCAUGACCUUAACCAACACUUAUUAUAAGUACAAUAGCUUACUUUGUAUCUUAAACUUUAUUAGAUGAAUCGUGGAUUAUUCAAGCGUAAAUGCUAGAUUCUAAAAUCUCGAGAAUGAAAUCGGUCAGAAUACUGGUUCUUUUAGUUUUUAGUAUCUUCACGCCUGAAAUACCAUUUGACAUCGAGCAGAUGAGUAAGAUGAGUUUAUUUUAAAUCAUGAUUUCUUAUGAUUAUGUCGCAGGUUCCUGUAACAGAGAGCAGAGAUCAAAGAGUGGCACCUGAGGAAAGACCUGCACUGGGUGAGUGGACCUUGACAAUCACUUGAUUAGAAAAAAGGGGGGGGGAGGAGGUGAUCAUAAUACCACGAAUUGUAUUCCUUUUUUUUUGAUUGACACUUAUUUUGAUAGGGGACCAGUCACUAUCUAUGGAGGGAGGGUUGAGGAUUUUGGUCAAGUCACGAUAAAAUGAACCUGAUCCCCCCUAAAGGCUCUGUAAUAUAUUUAUCAUUUCCUCCCCCCUCAAUGGUAGUUUAUUGGGAGUCAAUUUUCUAUAAAACCCCCCUCUGUACUCUGUUGAUGACAACUGAUUCCCCCUCAGUUUCCCCUGAAAACCAUGUGAUCUCAAACCAUGAAACUGAAACUGAAAACCAUGUGAUCCCAGGCAAUUAUCAGGUGAUCUAGAUGGCAGACUCUGAGGAGAGUUACUCAUGAGAUCUGGGAGUGAAAGCGUUAAUAACUAAAGUAAGUGUUUGGUAUCUCAGGGUGUCAAGUUUCUAUUUUUUCCUAUUUUUUCCUAUUUUUUGGCCUGCCUCCCAUUUUCUCCUACUUUUUCAAGAAACUCCUGGUUUUUCCUUUUUUUUUAGGGUUUUACUGGGUACACAGAAACACUUUGAAAUAUUUGAAAUAAAAUUGCCAAUAAAAUUGAUAAAUUCUACCAAAAAACUGAAACUUCAUGUCAAAAAAGACCAGUUUGAGGCCUUUCUGAGUGAUUUUCUUCUGAAACUCGUAGUACAAAAGGGAAAACUGUUGACUGACAAACAGCAGAAACUGUUAGAAAAGGCCAUCUCCUCAACAGCAAAUGCGGCCAAAAAAAAGAGCAAAGCUAAGGUUACCCAGUCUGCUAAAAGAGCGAAAACAGUAUACUGGCAGUGUUGGACUUUUUGGUUGUUGAUGUUCAAAAGUCGUGGUCGGCUUCUAUUGUGAGGAAGACAUACAUUUGGUGACAGUGAACUUUGAUAUUGUUUCGAUUUGUCAAAAAAAUUAUUGUUGCUUAUCGUUCUCACAGUUUUAAAGGACUAAUGACUUAAAUUAAAGGCAUCUUGUGAUGUACCUAAUGAAAUUUGGAAUCUGGUGAUUAUUGUAGGAUGAGUUGUGCUUGGUAACAUAGGUGGUAACACUUGUUUUUGUUUAUAUGGCAAUGCAUUGUGGAUGUAUGCCAUGGUGCCUGUUAAAUAUUAAAGCACUGGGUUGUGGAACGGAGUUGCUGUUGGGAGUGUUGAGAGGAUAGAACUCAAAGAAAUCCUCAUAUUUUUUUCCUAUUUUGGGGUGAGAAUUCCUAUUUAUUUCCUAUUUUUUUGCCACUGUCAUUCCUAUUUUCUAAGUGUCAUUUGUCACUUGGCACCCUGGUAUCUCAAAAUCAACAGUUUACAUCAGAACCUUGAAUGCGCAAUAAUUUUUUAGUUUCAGCACGAGAGACAAGUUUGAAUUUUUUUGCUUGAGUAUCAUGCUCAAUGUGUGAGAGUUGAAAGCUCUGCGUGUAGAAGCCUUAUUGACCACAUGGUACCUCUCAUACGAUUUUUACUUCCACCCUUGAUUAAUUUUUGAUAUGAAGAGCUACCAGGGAAUAAAAAUACUGUUCUUCAAGUAAUUGUUAAAAGUGGGUUUUAGGAAGUAUUUAUUCAGUGAGCAACUUUUUCAUUUAAAGAUAUUUAAAAUUUGAAUUUUAUAUUAAUCUUAUGCCGAACUGGUUUUAGUCAAUGCAGGUGCAGAAGAUUUGAAUGUUUUUUUUUUCCCAACCCUCAAUUAGUUGCUGAUGUAGAGAAGGAAGAAAAAGAUAAUGAAGAUCAAUGCAAUCCACGUGGUAAGAAAGUUUAUUGGUUGACCAACAUUUCCUAAGACUACGAUCGUUACAACUUGAUACUGAACGUAUAUUCAACCUAUGAUGUGACCAUAAAUCGUGCUGUAUACUUUUGUCAUGACUUAUUGACAACUGAGAAAUUAUCUUAAAUUGUUUUACUUGAUUUUCCGUCUUAAUUCAGCUAACAGUUGUCUUUAUUUAUGCUUCUCAUUAACAAUUAAUUUGUCUUUGUAGUCAAACAAAAUACACCCAGUGACAAUGAACUGGAAUAUCUUGCCUCAAAGCUUGGUGAUCUUUGGAAAAAGCUUGGGCGCCGCUUGAAAAUCCUAGAACCAAAGCUUGAUGAUCUGAACAAAUUAAACGAGGCUCUCUCUGAAAAGGGAUAUAAAAUGCUCAUGCAUUGGAAGGAGGUAAACGGGUCAGCCGCAACGUAUGAAAUUUUGGGUCAUGCCUUACUGGAUAGGCUUGUGAAUCGACGAGAUUUAGCGGAGGAAUUUUGCUAUGAGAAAUAAUAACCGAAAAAUGUGCCCCUAACGUCAGAUUGUAUAUUUUGUAUGUACUAAUUCUUAUAUUAAUUUAAUCUUAAUUUUGUGAGUAUCUGAUUUCUGAUUUUUGGGGUUUUCGUAUCAGGCGGCGGCACAAAAGCUUUUUAGCCCGAGAGGUGAUGACUAGUUUUUUAUUAUUCUGUGCAACUUUGUCGGACGGUAUUAAAUUCUCAGGCUCCUAGUUCGAGCUGCACACCC